AUGGGUGUCUCUGGGGCCCAGCUGCCCUCCUCCACAAAGACCCUGCAAAAGCAGGGUCUAGAAGUCCUGGGUGCCUACCUCUACGUGCUGAGCUUCCUCUUCAUGGGCCCUUUCUUUUCCCUUCUUGUCUUCUCCCUCCUUUUCACAUCGCUCUGGUCACUUUCUGUCCUCUAUUUGACGUGGCUCUUCCUGGACUGGGACACGCCCAACCAAGGUGGAAGGCGAUUCCAGUGGGUGCAAAGAUGGACCAUUUGGAAACAUCUAAGGGAUUAUUUUCCUAUCAAGUUGGUGAAAACAGCAGAGUUGCCCCCCGACCAGAACUACGUGCUGGGUGCUCACCCACAUGGGGUCAUGGGCACUGGAAUCGCCAGUAAUUUCUCCACCGAGAGCAAUGACUUCUCUGGGCUGUUCCCCGGGCUUCGGUGCACCACAGCCAUCCUGGCCGGUCUCUUCUACCUCCCAGUCUAUCGCGAAUACCUCAUGUCCUUGGGAUUGUGUUCCGUGAACCGCCAGAACCUGGACUUUAUUCUGUCUGGACCCCAGCGUGGGCAGGCUGUGGUCAUCCUGGUGGGGGGUGCCAAUGAGUCUCUAUAUGCGGCCCCAGGGGAGCACUGCCUCACACUCCGGAAGCGCAAAGGCUUUGUGCAUGUGGCCCUGACUCACGGGGCUUCCCUGGUGCCUGUGUACUCCUUCGGGGAGAACGAGAUCUUCAGACUGAAGACUUUUGCCACUGACUCCUGGCAGCGACUCUGCCAAACCACUUUCAAGGGGCUCUUCGGCUUUUCUCCCUGCAUCUUCUGGGGCCGCGGCCUCUUCUCUGCUGACUCCUGGGGCCUGCUGCCCUUUGCCAGACCCCUCACCACUGUGGUGGGCCGCCCCAUCCCCGUGCCCAAGCGAUUUAAGCCCAGCAAGGAGGAGGUCGACCACUACCACAUGCUCUACAUGGAGGCUCUGGAGCAACUCUUUGAGGAGCACAAGGAGAGCUGUGGAGUCCCUGCUUCUACUCACCUCACUUUCAUCUAG